AUGGUGCGCGAUGAGGGAUCCUCGGCCCGGUCCAGAUCGCUGCUGCGCUUCCCCUCCGGGUCCGGCUCCCCCAACAUCCUGGCCAGCUUCGCUGGCAAGAACCGCGUGUGGGUCAUCUCGGCGCCGCACGCGGCGGAGGGCUACUACCGCCUGAUGAUGAGCCUCCUGAAGGACGACGUGUACUGCGAGCUGGCCGAGCGCCACAUCCAGCAGAUCGUGCUGUUCCACCAGGCGGGCGGCGAGGCCGGCACGGUGCGCCGCAUCACCAGCGAGGGCCGCGUGCUGGAGCAGCCGCUCGACCCGGGCCUCGUGCCCAAGCUCAUGGGCUUCCUGAAGCUGGAGAAGGGCAAGUUCGGCAUGGUGCUGCUGAAGAAGACGCUGCAGGUGGAGGAGCGCUAUCCCUACCCGGUCCGGCUGGAGGCCAUGUACGAGGUCAUCGACCAGGGCCCCAUCCGCAGGAUCGAGCGGGUCCGGCAGAAGGGCUUCGUGCAGAAGUGCAAGGCCUCGGGGGUGGAGGGCCAGGUGGUGGUGGAGGGCGCGGAGCGGGCUGGCCCCAGCGCUGAGAAGAGGAAGGAAGAGCUGCGCAGGGUGCAUGUGCCACCGACCAGGGAUAGUCGGGGGAAGGUGCCCAGGAAGCCGGCCACCACCACCACCACCACCAGCACCACCACGGCCGCGCCCCCGCUGCCGCCCCCCACCCCCAGGGCCACCACCCUGCCCCCCGCUCCCGCCCCCACGGCCACUCGGGCCACCGCGCGGGUGGUCACUGCGGCUGCGAGGCCCACGACCACCACCACGGCGUUCCCGACCACGCAGAGGCCCUGGACCCCGCGGCUGCACCCUUUCUCAGAUGCCCACAGGCCCCCAGCCACGGCCACAGAGGUGACCACUGCCCGAUGGGUCAUUGCCUCGGAGAAUCUCUACCCUCCGCCCAGGAAGGAGCUGCCCAGGGAGAGGCCGCCGCCGCCGAGCACCAGGAGGCCCCCCAGCAAGGCCAGCGGCUCCGAGGGCCUCCCCGCCUCGCCUGUGCCCACCGGGGCGCACGGCACCAGGGCCGGGCCCGGCCGCUCCCGGGACAAUCGCACGGACCGGCGGGACCCGGCAGUGGUGGUGCCAGGUCCUUCCAAGCCAGCCAAGGGGAAGCCCCCCAAAAAGAAAGUGCAGGACAAGAUCCUCAGCAACGAGUAUGAGGACAAAUACGACCCCAGCCGGCCCCCCACGGCCGCCCAGCUGGAGGAAGAGCUGCAGGCGGGGAACGUCCCCCCGCAGAAAGCCAAGGAGGCCAAGAAGCACGACAAGCUGGAGAAGCCCGAGAAGGAGAAGAAGAAAAAGGCCAAGAGCGAGAAGGCAGACAAGCUGCUCAAGAGUGAGAAGCAGGCGAAGAAGGACAAGGCAGAGAAGAAGGGCCGGCCCGACAAGGAGAAGAGCAAGAAGAAGAAGACGGGCCCCACUGAGCAGGACGGCCACCACCUGAAGCCCACCUCCAGGUACCUGCCGCCGAGCCCCAAGAGGCUGGUGGCCGACCUGCUGGGCUCCUUCGAAGGCAAGCGAAGGCUCCUCCUGAUCACCGCUCCUAAGGUUGAGAACAACAUGUAUGUGCAACAGCGAGAUGAAUAUCUGGAAAGUUUCUGCAAGAUGGCCACCAGGAAAAUCUCUGUGAUCACCGUCUUUGGCCCUGUCAACAACAGCACCAUGAAAAUCGACCACUUCCAGCUAGAUAAUGAGAAACCCAUGCAAGUCGUAGAUGAUGAGGACUUGGUAGAUCAGCAUCUCAUCAGCGAGCUGAGGAGAGAGUAUGGAAUGACCUAUGAUGACUUCUUCAUGGUGCUAACAGACGUGGACCUCAGAGUCAAGCAAUACUACGAGGUGCCUAUAGCAAUGAAGUCUGUGUUUGAUCUGAUCGAUACUUUCCAGUCCCGAAUCAAAGACAUGGAGAAACAGAAGAAGGAAGGCAUUGUUUGCAAGGAAGACAAGAAGCAGUCACUGGAGAACUUCCUAUCCAGAUUCCGAUGGAGGAGGCGGUUGCUGGUGAUCUCUGCUCCUAAUGAUGAAGACUGGGCCUAUUCACAGCAGCUCUCGGCCCUCAGUGGUCAGGCAUGCAAUUUUGGUCUGCGCCACAUAACCAUUCUGAAGCUUUUAGGCAUUGGAGAAGAAAUUGGGGGAGUCUUAGAACUAUUCCCGAUUAAUGGGAGUUCUGUUGUUGAACGAGAAGAUGUACCAGCCCAUUUGGUGAAAGACAUACGUAACUAUUUUCAAGUGAGCCCUGAGUACUUCUCCAUGCUUCUAGUUGGAAAAGAUGGAAAUGUAAAAUCCUGGUAUCCUUCCCCAAUGUGGUCCAUGGUGAUCGUGUACGAUUUAAUUGAUUCAAUGCAACUCCGGAGACAGGAAAUGGCCAUUCAGCAGUCACUGGGGAUGCGCUGCCCAGAAGAUGAGUAUGCAGGCUAUGGUUACCAUAGUUACCACCAAGGAUACCAGGAUGGUUACCAGGACGACUAUCGUCACCAUGAGAGCUACCACCAUGGAUACCCUUAUUGA